AUGGCAGCUUCAUAUAACUCCAGCUCUCGUCUCUCGUGUCGUCAUCCCUCCCAUACUUCACGGGGAAAUGAUGCUGACCAACGUCAUGUUGAACCAUCGCGGGGUCGAAAUGGUAACGUUGGACGACAAUCUCGAGACCCCUCAUCAUCACAGUGUAAAUGGCGCUGCGACAACAUCUCAUUCUGCCACAAGUCUCGUUACUUGUUUGAGCAUAUAAACGAUUCGUCCCGAUACGUUGAAAUGCUUAAGUUCCGCACGAUGACAUCGCGAAAUGCUUAUCUUUCUCUUGUUGGUGUUUGGCUGCUCGUGUGCCAUCGUGUGACCUUGAGGGGAUUGGAUGGAAGUGACGGACAUGAUCACCUCGGCAAUUUCCAUUGCUUGAUAUUGAACAAGAAUAGUUAUCUGACUGAUCGGUGGCUUGCGAUUCUAUCUCGUGCUCUGACAGUGUAUCAGGCCAUCGGUUCUUGCAUCGCAUCCCAUUCAUUUCCAGUCACUCCCAUCUUUUCAUUGGAUCUUGGUGGAGGUGCAUCCAUUUGGACUCGGGUUCAGGGUCCAUGGCUUCCGGCAUAUCAAUGCAUGUAUCUAGGCUCUUCAGAAGACGAAUCAAUAUCUUGCAAUUAUCUAGUCCAUCACAGGCGCGGCUACUUGAUCCAUGGCUCCGCUCAAAAAGGUAAUUGGAUAAGGCCCGCCUUGAUCUGCUGGAACAAACGUGACCUUGCGACCUAA